AGAAAGCUAAUGAAUAUGUUAAGAAACCAGUAGUACAUAUAAUCAAGUCCACAUUACGGUCCUUCCCUUCCCUGUCAAUAUCCGGCGGUGAACAGGAUUCAUUUUGCUUGGAAACUACAGAAAAUAUACCAACAUGUCGGAGAAGCUACCUUUCAAAGUCGCCGAUAUCAGCCUGGCAGACUGGGGACGCAAGGCCAUCCAGAUCGCGGAGAACGAGAUGCCGGGUCUGAUGAAGAUGAGGGAGAAGUACGGGCCGUCCAAGCCGCUGAAGGGCGCGCGCAUCGCCGGCUGCCUCCACAUGACGCUGCAGACGGCCGUGCUGAUCGAGACGCUGCAGGCGCUGGGCGCUGAGGUCCAGUGGUCCAGCUGUAACAUUUUCUCCACUCAAGACCACGCGGCUGCCGCUAUUGCCAAGGCUGGUUUUCCAGUGUACGCGUGGAAAGGGGAGACGGAUGAGGAGUACAUCUGGUGCAUAGAGCAGACCAUCUACUUCAAAGACGGCCAGCCCCUCAACAUGAUCCUGGACGAUGGCGGUGAUCUCACCAACCUGGUUCACCAGAAGUACCCUAAACUGCUUGCCGGCAUCAAAGGACUCUCGGAGGAGACCACCACCGGGGUGCACAACCUGUACAAGAUGCUGAAGAAGGGCGAGCUGAAGGUUCCCGCCAUCAACGUCAACGACUCCGUCACCAAGAGUAAAUUUGAUAAUCUCUACGGCUGCCGGGAGUCGCUGAUUGACGGGAUCAAGCGCGCCACGGACGUGAUGAUCGCGGGGAAGGUGGCGGUUGUCGCCGGUUACGGGGACGUGGGCAAAGGCUGUGUGCAGGCCUUGCGCGGGUUCGGCGCCCGAGUCAUCGUCACGGAGAUCGACCCGAUCAACGCCCUGCAAGCCGCCAUGGAAGGGUAUGAGGUCACCACCAUGGACGAGGCCAGUAAAGAAGGCAACAUCUUUGUGACCACCACAGGCUGCGAAGACAUCCUGAUGGGCAGGCACUUCGAGAACAUGAAGGACGACGCCAUUGUCUGCAACAUCGGCCACUUCGACUGCGAGAUCGACGUGAAGUGGCUCAACGAAAACGCCGCGGAGAAGAUCAACAUCAAACCUCAGGUGGACCGCUACCGGCUGAAGAGCGGGCGCCACGUCAUCCUCCUGGCGGAGGGGCGCCUGGUCAACCUGGGCUGCGCCAUGGGCCACCCCAGCUUCGUCAUGAGCAACUCCUUCACCAACCAGGUCCUGGCCCAGAUCGAGCUGUGGACCAACACCAGCAAGUACCCGCUGGGGGUCUACUUCCUGCCCAAGAAGCUGGAUGAGGAGGUAGCUGCAGCUCAUCUGGAUAAGCUGGGCGUGAAGCUGACCAAGCUCUCGGACAAACAGGCCAAAUACCUGGGGAUCCCACAGACGGGCCCAUUCAAACCCGACCAUUACCGCUACUAACGGGGAGGUGGGGGCGGAGCCACGUGGCCACGCCCGCGGGGCGGAACGGGUGGGGUCCUGUGUGCACCUGUGUGUGUGGGCAGGGAGAGGACGUGUGUCCCUAUACACCCCAAAGCUUUCAGUCCGUUUAUGUACGUGCACCUCACACCAGGCUACACGCACGCAUCGCUGCUCGCUGUGUCCCCUGCUACGUUCCUAGCUUAGCGGCUCCUUUCGUCUGUUCGUCAUGCUUGUUAGCGAUGCCCCGGUAGCUCUUCUCCCUCCCCUCCCCCCCCCCCCCCCCCCCCACCCCCGGUCCAGCCGCUGUCCGACCGCGUUCUGUAGAAAUGCCAGAAGCACUUAAAGUCAGGCCUCGCCGGCCGUCCUCCUCCAGAGCCCGUCUGGCGCCCCCUGCCCGCAUCUGCCCGCAACUGCAUCGCCCGGUCUCUGCAGUAACUUCCACUUGCGCUGCGAAGGACAGGAGCUGAACCUGUCGAGCAGGAUGUGAUCAGUUCAUUGUUUCCUACCUCUGUGCGAUGUUCAUCCAGCCAAUGACGUUCUUAACUCAGCCAAGACGCACCCAGGGCGGGGUUCCAUGGACGAGUGCCUCUUAAUGAAGGAGGAUGUGCUUUUCUCAAAUAAAAGGCAGAUUAUAAUAAAA